CGCUGCAGCUGCGUUUUGGCGCGCUCUUAAGGUGGCAGACACUGACGCCGAUAGGAAGCGUUGCAGACAGGCAAUAUUUAUUCCUGCGCGCUCUCGUUCGACUCGUCAGUCUUGUGUGGGGCAUUCGAGCGCUGCCAUUUGAAGACUUCAAUAGCACCUACACGGAAGCAUUAUGGCAGGCUGCUGUGACGAUGAGUGUCCCGUGGGCUACGCCUCUCCUCUGGAGGCCGCCAAGAAGGGCCAUCGUGAGAAGAUUGUCUACGUGCCUUGCAUCGUGCCCUCCAAAGAGAAACCCGACUACCUUGCAGUCGUGUGUGUCGACCACCACUCGCCCGACUUUUGCAAGGUCAUCUACCGUCUGUCGAUGCCGCACAAGGGAGACGAGCUGCACCACAUGAACUGGAACACGUGCAGCAGCUGCUACGGCAAGCCCAACAAGCGGCGCAACCGGCUCAUCCUGCCGUGCCUGAACAGCGACCGCGUAUACGUCGUAGACCUCAGCCACAACAUCAGGAAGCCCACUCUGCUCAAGGUUGUGGAACCCGAAGAGAUGCACGCUCUUGGUCUAGCUACGCCUCACACUCCUCACUGCCUUGCCGAUGGCAACGUCAUGAUCAGCACUAUGGGAAAUCCUGACGGCAGCGCCAAAGGCUGCUUCUUCGUGCUUGACGGCAGUACGCUGACGCUUCGCAAUGUGUGCGCGCCGCCGUGCAAAUGUGCGGCCUUCGGCUACGACUACUGGUACCAGCCUCGGCACAACGUCAUGAUCAGCAGCCAGUGGGGAGCCCCGUCUGCCUUCAAGAAGGGCUUUGACAUGAAAGACGUGGAAGAUGGAAAGUAUGGCACUCAUAUUGAUGUCUGGGACUGGCCGGGAGUGGUUCUUCAGAAGAGCUUAGACCUGGGCCCCGAAGGCUUGAUGCCCCUGGAGGUGCGAUUCCUGCAUAAUCCGGAAGCCAGCGAGGGCUACGUCGGCUGCGCUCUGGGAAGCACUGUCUGGAGGUUCUUCAAGGACCAGGAAGGUUCCUGGAGUGUUGAAAAAGUCAUCACUAUCCCAACAAAGAAGGUGAAGGGCUGGAUUCUCGAAGACAUGCCAGCCGUCAUCACGGACAUCCUCAUAUCCCUGGACGACCGCUACCUGUACUUCGUCUGCUGGAUUCACGGGGACAUCCGCCAGUAUGACAUCACUGACACCCGCCACCCGAAACUUGUCGGUCAGGUUUUCACUGGUGGAUGCAUCUACAGAGGCGGUCCAGUGACUGUGCUUCACGACGAGGAACUCAAGGAACAGCCCGAGCGGUGCGUGAUCAAGGGCAAGGCUGUCCGAGGUGCCGCCCAGAUGCUGCAACUCAGCUUGGACGGCAAGAGACUGUACGCCACAACGUCGCUGUACAGCGCCUGGGACAAGCAGUUCUACCCGGAGCUAUACGAGAAAGGAGCCAUGAUGCUACGAGUGGACGUGGACAACAAAAAUGGAGGGCUCUGCAUCGACCGCGAGUUCCUGGUCGAUUUUGGCGAAGAGCCCGAAGGACCCGUGCUGGCCCACGAGAUGCGCUUCCCGGGCGGAGACUCCACUUCUGACAUCUGGCUCUGAGGCAACGGAUGACGCUUGGACGCUGGCAAACGGCCGGACCCUUCGAUCCAACCCUUUCGCCUGCGUGCCUUCGAUCCGUUUGUUUCGAUUGAAGCUACCGGCGGCUUUGCUUGGCGUGGACAGGAACACACAAAAGCAGAGUUGUCAAGUUGUUCCCAGAAACACCUCAUUUCUAUUCAUUCCAAUACAUCCACGACAUGUGUUCUACAUCAUAGGUAGAACAGUCGCGGAUAUAUGGCGCGUAACGCAGAUACCCGUUAGGCAAGUAAUUCUGCCGGCUCUUUAGAGCAGUGGCAAGCUCGCUUUCCCGCAAUGCGCAACUGUCCCAGAUAUGGCGACCAGUACGCUCUUAAUCACUGGGAACCUGGCGCAUUGUUAGUGUUCUUGUGCUAUGUUGUAUGAAAAGCGUAAUUGCAUAAACGUGCGAGCCGCAAGAUAUUCAGCAUCUAUGACAGUGUCCGGGCAGUCAAAAUUUUGUGCAUUGCGGCAAAGCUAACUUUGAAACUUUUCGAUUGUUGUUACGGCUGUUCGAAUGAACGCUGGAGUAUUAAAGUGUUCCCUAAUAUUUGAGGAUGCUGUACGUUGCGCUGCUUACUAUGGUUGCGUAACUCACGAACGUUCACGCAAGCUAUUAAGCACUCUCCUGUAAAGCCUUUUAUCUCUUAAAGCUGAAUUUACACAAUUUUGAUUUAAAACUGCCAAGUUAAAAAAAUACACUGUUCCCGUUUAGACCUGGUUUUCAUAUAAAAUGGGUUUUCAGGUGGUCCACAGGUCGUGAGGCACUAUACAUGCUUAUACAGUGUGUUCAAAUCCCGGUAUACUCCGGCAGUGUAACAUUUAAAUCUGAGUUUCUUAGGAGUUGUGCUUCUUACACGUAUUGUUGGGCGCGUCUGGCGAAUUAAACUGUUAUGUUACGGUUGA